AUGCCGACGCCCAAUGACGCGAUCGGCUCGCACGUGGUGGAGCACGAGAGCAUCGAUGUCGCCAACCGCCCAACCUGCCCGCCAGAAGAGGUGCGAAGCAUCAGCACCAUCCCCACCCGCGACUUGAAUGCCGCAUCGCGCAUUCAUUAUCCAUCCAGUCAUGGCAACAACGGAUCUGCCUUGCCUGUGCCCAUGCAGCAACCCACCCCGCCGCCACAAGACUCCCCAGCGGACCUCGUUCAGACAAGCCCAGAUCGGCACAGCAAACCAUCGAGUAGUGACAUCGAUGCCCCGAACCGAGACAUACCAACGCCCAUGACCGUCACCGACGAUGGGGCGGAAGAGCAGCGCACCUCUCACGCUUCACCGCUUUCUGCGACGGCGCCGGUCUCGCUAAUCACCAGCCAUCUGUCGUCACCAUUCCCGGCGCACAGGUUUCUACCAAACACCUCGUCCUCGCUCCUCCGCCCGGGCAGUCGCUUCAUGGGCAGCCAAACCUCGGACCGCCAAAAGUACGAAGUCGAGGUGGAGAUCAAGCAUGUGGACAUGCGCGAGUCUUUCAUGUGCGGCUAUCUGCGCAUCAAAGGGCUGACCGAAGACCACCCAAGCCUCACGACGUACUUUGAGAGCGAAAUCAUUGGCAGCAAAUACACAUUUAUAACCCAACAUCCCGAGUGGGGGUCCAACGACAAGGUCGAUCGACAACACUGGGCCCGCUUCCCGGCCUACAAGCCAUUAUCGAAAUACUCGUCACGACCUGAAGUCGUGUCCAAGGACUGGAUGCACAAGGAACAUCUCUUCAUGCGAUGGAAGGAGUAUUUCCUCGUACCAGACCACAGAGUACGCACCAUCAACGGGGCUAGUUUCGAGGGCUUCUACUACAUCUGCUUCAACCAGGUCUUGGGUCGCAUCGAUGGUAUAUACUUCCAUGCGAAGAGCGAAAAGUACGCGUGCUACUACUGUACACCGGGAGUACAACACACUAACGACUUGUCAGAUAUCAGAAAUUGGAUCUGGAACACGUGCCUGAUUUUGGCUGUCAGCCGGCCAUUGAAUUCCGAUGAAAUUACGAGUGAACGACUGGCAUGUCGAUGGAGUAGCAUUGCGGCGCAUCAGGGCGUUGAGAGAAGCAUUCUCAUAUCCUUAUUGGAACAAUUCUUACACAGGCCGCUAUACACAAUGCCAAGGCCGUAUGAGUUUUGUGUCGACGUUUGUAGAUAUCGUGACUCGAGGAGCAAUCAAAGUUCGCUGCCUCCUACAUGGCUCCUGAGACCUGUGAAGCUGCAUUGUCCAACCUACUUCUACUUCAGUACUGGUACAAUCGUGCGUGGCCGUUGGCCCUCCAAGGGCUGCAGCUCACUAGCGGAAAAGCUUGACUCCACCACCCGCAGAACACCUGGGCAGCCUUGCUGUAUUCGACCAAUCCACUCUUACCCUGCUCCCACUACUCCCCGCCAAACUUCCUCUGCUUCUUCCUUGCUCCCCCUGUUGAAGCGGACGAUACUGAAUACUAUCGCAAUGCCAGGAGAACCAGCCAAGCGCACAAAGCGCGAAGAGUACAAGAAGAAAAUACAAAACGACGAAGAGAAUGCUGCAUUACCACAGAAGCGAUUCUACCGGCAGCGUGCCCAUGCCAAUCCAUUCUCGGAUCAUUUCCUUGCCUAUCCCAAGAGUCCAGAGGACAUGGAUUGGUCCGGUCUGUACCCUGCAUACACUGUAGGGAAAGAGAUGGCAAAGACGCCGGAUGGGGAGGAGCAGAGGAAGGUACAUGCGAUUACCAAGAAGGUCGAGAUUGCAGAUAUUGGCUGUGGAUUCGGAGGUCUUCUUUUCGCCCUUGCGCCCAAGCUGCCUGACACGUUGAUAUUGGGUCUAGAGAUCCGCACUUCGGUCACGGAAUAUGUGCAGGACAAAGUGCGCGCGCUACGCGUGCAAAACGCCUCGACCAAUGGCUACCAAAACGUAGCCUGCAUCCGCGCCAACACAAUGAAAUUCCUUCCCAACUUCUUCGCCAAGCAUCAACUCUCCAAAAUCUUCCUCUGCUUCCCAGAUCCACACUUCAAACAGCGCAAACACAAGGCCCGCAUUGUAUCCUAUACGCUCAACUCCGAGUAUGCCUAUGUGCUAAGGCCAGGUGGGGUCGUGUAUACGAUUACCGAUGUGCAGGACUUGCAUGCGUGGAUGAAGGAGCAUUUUGAAAAACAUCCGAGUUUUGAGCGGGUGGAGAGGAUUUUUGAGGAGGGGGAAGGGGAGAGUGGGGAGGUUAUGGAUGAGUGUGUUAGGGCGAUGAGGGUGGAGACUGAGGAGGGAAAGAAGGUGGAGAGGAAUAAGGGUAUGAAGUUUGUUGCGUGCUUUAGGAGGGUGGAGGAUCCAGCGUGGCCUUGA